AUGGGCCGUCGUCUCGCCCGCUACUAUGCCAAUCCCUACACGCAAGUCUCCAUCAUCGGUCUGACCGCCUUCUGCUGCCCUGGCAUGUUCAACGCCCUCAGUGGUAUGGGCGGAGGUGGUCAAGUCGACCCGCAGCCAGCAGACAAGGCCAACAUCGCCCUCUACUCGACCUUUGCCGUCGUGUCCUUCUUUGCUGGGUCGAUUCAUAACAAGCUCGGUACAAGGCUUACACUCUGGCUCGGAUCUUUGGGCUAUGUCGUCUACAUCGCGGCUUUCCUGUCCUACAACUUCAACCAGAAUGGCGGAUUCAUCGUCUUUGCCGGCGCACUGCUCGGUGUCUGCGCUUCGCUCUUCUGGUCGGCACAGGGCGCUGUCAUGCUGAGCUACCCUACGGAGGCGACCAAAGGACGGGCCAUCGCCAUCUUCUGGACCAUCUUCAACCUCGGAGCCGUGAUCGGCGCUGCAGUAGCCAUGGGCCUGAGCUGGAAUAGUCCCGAGGGCUCCUCGCUCGGCAACGGCACCUACGCUGCUUUCGUGGCCAUCACCUUCAUUGGCGGUCUCAUUUCUGCCCUGCUCAAGAACCCAGCCACAAUCGUGCGCGCCGACGGUUCGUCCGUCGUCGUGCCCAAGAGCACCACUUGGCGCUUCGAGCUCGUCGGCCUGUACAGACUACUGCGUACGGACACUUGGAUCCUGCUCCUGUUCCCUGCUUUCUUUGCCACCAAUUUUUUCUACACCUGGCAGUUCAAUGUCUACAAUGCCCGCCUCUUCACCCUCAGGACCCGAGCGCUCAACUCGCUCCUCUACUGGCUGGCGCAAAUCGUUGGUUCGGUCAUGCUCACGCUCGUCGUCGACCGUAGGAGCCUAGCAAGGAAGAUGCGAGCCUGGAUCGGUUGGUUCAUCACGUUGGCCAUCGUCUUUGCAGUAUGGGGUGGCAGCUACGCCGAGCAGCUCAAGUUCUCUCGCAACGAAGUCAUCGAGCGCAUCGACGUGAUGCAGUCGUCGGCAUACGUGGGUCUCUGCUUCCUCUACCUGUUUAGCGGGAUCAUGGACUCGAUUUUCCAAUGCUUUACAUACUGGCUCAUCGGAGCCCUCUCCGAUGAUUUGUCCAAGCUCGCCAUCAUGGCUGGACUGUACAAAUCGCUCCAGUCGGCGGGUGCAGCCACGGCCUUCGGCCUCGAUCAUGCGGAGCAGCCAUUCAUGGUUAUCUUGGGCGUGUCGUGGGCUCUGUGCGCCGUUGGGCUCUUGCUAGCCGUGCCCGUCAUCGCACUCCGCGUCACCGAGCACACCGACCCGCUCUCUGAGAAGACGGCGCCCGGCAGGGAGCUCGAGGUCCAGGCUGCUACGGAGCAGGGGCUCGCGCGUACCGGUGUGGUGCCGGAGGCGUUGCGUGGCGGCGGCAGCGAGACGGGAGAGACGGUGGCGACUGAGGAUGAGCGCCGUGAGAAGGUAUAG